UUCAGACCACACACUUCUUUGAGCCUUCUUACACCCUGGUACUUCAGAAGCAUUUUUGUUUUAAAAAUGGCAGUUUUCAUUCCUAAGGUUUUAGUUUUGUUGUGUUUCGUGUCUGUCGGUAUUUGCUGGCCGCUUGUUGAAGACAACUACUUGGAUGAAGGCAAUAGUGUUGAUGGAGACGGGGUCAUUGACUUGUCAACUCUGGGGCCUGAAGCUUUCAGGGAGCCUGACGAGAAGAGUGGCGAGGCGCUAUCCAACUGGACAACCACCUCCGAAGUGAACCCCGAGGAGACGGGGGAGUACCUGGAGGGAGACAUCCUGAUGCCGCGGGGGAGCCUGCGCAACGGCAUGCGCGACCAGAGCUACCGCUGGCAGGACGGGAUCGUGCCCUAUGUCAUCGAGGGGUAUUACUCCACGGAGCAACGGGACCUGAUAAUGAAGGCAAUCGCCGACUACCACCGACUGACGUGCAUCCGCUUUGUGCCGUACACCGGGCAGACUGACUACCUCGUGAUACAGAGCAAGAACACCGGCUGCUGGUCCAGUGUUGGACGCAUUGGAGGUCGCCAAGAGGUGAACCUGCAGACUCCCGGCUGCGUGUCGCUGAAGGGCACCGUGCUGCACGAGCUGCUGCACGCGCUCGGCUUCAUGCACGAGCAGAGCCGCCCGGAGCGCGACCACUUCGUCACCGUGCACUACCGCAACAUACGCAUAGGAGGUCGCCAGGAGGUGAACCUGCAGACUCCCGGCUGCGUGUCGCUGAAGGGCACCGUGCUGCACGAGCUGCUGCACGAGCUGCUGCACGCGCUCGGCUUCAUGCACGAGCAGAGCCGCCCGGAGCGCGACCACUUCGUCACCGUGCACUACCGCAACAUACGCAUAGCCGAGCUGGUGAGUGAAGAUUCAGGGACACCUAGCAAUACUAACCAUGACGUAGCGCUUUGGUGGUUUCAUGCUGCCCUGGUAGCUAUUGCUAAGACACCAGGAGGUCGCCAGGAGGUGACCCUGCAGACUCCCGGCUGCGUGUCGCUGAAGGGCACCGUGCUGCACGAGCUGCUGCACGCGCUCGGCUUCAUGCACGAGCAGAGCCGCCCGGAGCGCGACCACUUCGUCACCGUGCACUACCGCAACAUACGCAUAGGAGCGGAGAAUAACUUCAAGAAGGCGGACGCCAAGUCGACGGACGACUUCGGCGUCGGCUACGACUACAACAGCGUCAUGCACUACUCCGACAAAGCCUUCUCCAAGAACGGACAGAUCACUAUCGAGCCUAAGGUGGGCGGAGUGAAGGUGGGCCAACGCGACGGCUUCAGCCGCGGAGACGUGAGGAAGCUCAACAACAUGUACAACUGCAGCAAGGACCUGUAUUCCGUUUCAGAGAACCCAACCAAGGAUGGCUGGGAUCAAUUUGGCAAGGAUUUUUUGGAAACAAUAAGUAGUUUAGUAAAUAAAUUUGUAUAGCCGUUAAGUUAAUAUUAUACCAAAGAUCUGUUAUUUUUAAGCGAACAUCUAUUUGCUAGUCUUGUAUUGUUUUAUAACGUUUUUGAUAAAUUUAAUAAAUGUUCAUGUCCUAAAAAUAUUUUUUUA